UUUAAAAAGAUGCACAAUGUUCCGUCCAUCAGUAUCAUCUGGUCAUCAGACCGGUGCUACUGUGACAGUCUCCGCUUUGCCGACGAACACUUUCUCCAUCUCCGGGGAGGACAGAAAUCAAAGUUCUUAAUUAUUUCUUGUAGCUUCAACCAAAAACACGAACAUGCCCAGCAAAAGGAAGAAGAACAAGCGCCGCAUGAGGAGGGUGCAGGCCCAGAGGAAAGUCCUUGAGGAGCAGCAUGUUGCUGGCACUGGCAAAGGGACCCCAGGAGUGGCUGCUGUGGCGGCCCCCCCUGUUAAAGUCAAAGAAGUGGCAAAGUGUCCAAAGCUUGUCCCCAUACAGACUCGAGUAGUAAACGUCCCCGUUGUAGCGCUGCUGGCCCCAGUCGAGGUACCGGAGCCUAAACCUAUGGUGGCGGCGUUAGAGGCUGAAGUGGUUGCAGCAGAGGUUGAAGUUGAGGCGCCAGUCGAAGCUCCAGUAGAGGCUGAAGAAGCCACAUUGGAGGUCGAAGCCCCAAUUGAAACCCCAGAUGUGGUCGACGGCCCAGUUGAAGCCCCAGAAGAAUCUGCAGUGGGGCCACCUACAGAAGAAACGGCAGUGGGGCCACCUACAGAAGAAACUGCAGUGGGGCCACCUACAGAAGAAACUGCAGUGGGGCCACCUACAGAAGAAACUGCAGUGGGGCCACCUACAGAAGAAACUGCAGUGGGGCCACCUACAGAAGAAACUGCAGCAGUGCAGGAGGUUGAAGAAAGCUUCAUUCCAAAGACGGAGCUAGUAAUGGAGGCCGCAUCCAUCCCUGAGGCUCCCGUGUCAGCUCCUGACCAAUUUGAGACACAUGACGAGCCGUUGGUGAAGGCCGAAGUGGAGGCUGAAAUAGUUGCCACGGUCCAAGCGGAGGUCGAGGCAGUAGUCGAGCCAGAAUCCGGGCCCGUGGUCGAGGCCGUAGCUGCCCCAGUAGUGGAAACUGAAGAGGUGGUGAUCGACACCGAGGACAGUCCUGAGGAUGAAGCUGAGGUCAUUCCUAUGGUCAAUGCAGAUGCCAUUCCUGAAGAAGUCGAAGUAGAGGAGGCCCCAGUCGUCACAGAGGAUGAGCCUGUCACAACAGAGGCACCUGAAGAGGUUCCAGUUGAAACAGAAAUGAUCCCAGAAACGCUGUCGGAGCCCGUGGUAGCCCCAGUUCAUGAAGCCCCCGUAGCCAACGUCGCUCCCUCAGAGCCCCUUGUAGAGGCCCCAGUCGACCCUGUCAUCGAUACAGUGGCCGACAACUUUAUCAUCACAGAAUCUGUCCCCACUCUGGAGGCAGCCAUGGCUGAGCCCGCCAUUGAGGAGCAGGUGCCCGCAGUCCCAACAGAUUCACUUGAGGCCCUAUCGGAGUCGCUGAACAACGUCCCCCCAGUAUCUGAGCCCGCCCCUGUCACAGCUGAUAAAGUCAUCGCCGCAGGUGACAAAGAUGGGGGAGAGAGAGACGACACACUUCCACCCGAUUACCGGCACUCUCCGGAGGACCUGCUGGCUAAAGAGGGAAUUGAAGCCCAGAUGGAAAUCGAAUCCAAAAAGGACGCCACAGAUGAGAAUACUGCCCUGGAUGUCCUCUCUGGACAUUUCUCAGCCCCCCAGCCUGUCAUCUCAGAACUGCAGUGUCACACACAGCUCGCCUCUGCGCCCGUAGAGCUCGCCUCCGUGGAUAUCCCACCAGAGGCAGCAUUGAAUGGACAUACUGCAACUGAGGUGGCCAUUGAGGGAUAGAUCUCUGCAGAUUUCCUCAGUCAGUAUGGAGGACUGAAGAGAGCCUCACGGGGAGCCGACCAGCAAAUUUUACUUUUCAAUAUUUAGGGCUUCAAGGGACCGCCGGGAAUUUAUUAACAUCCAACACUCAGUGCCUUUCCUGCUUAGGUUCUCACCAAAAGAAAAUCAAACAAACACAUUUCAAUGCGGCAUCAAGGCGGGGGAAUAAGAGUCUUUGGAUCAGAAUGUGAAUAUUUGGAAUGAACAAAUUAUGGCUUCUUUCAUAGAUUUCUGUAUCGUAAUGCAUGUAUUGUGGAUUUGCAUCGAUUGUAAAUGGCAUACAUUGUGUAUGGAUACUGUAAAGUUAAUGAAUGUGGAAAUUACUUGUCUUCGCAUUUGGACCAUGUUUGUAUGGAUGGGAGGGGUAUUUCCUUGUACGUGUUUUCUACAUGCUGACUACACCGGGCACGAGCGUGUGUCUGCGUGCUCCAUCACAUGCAUGCUGAUUUUGUCCAUCCACACCAGACGCGAUCAGGACAUGCACGUUGAAAUAUCAAAACGAACUCUGAACCAACUAUAUUAAUUUGGGGACAGGUUGAAACACAUGAAACAUUCAUGGACAUUUAGCUAGCGAGCUCGCUGUUGCAAACUAAUUUGUCCUGGGAUAUAAAUAUUGGGUUGUUACUUUACCUGAAAUGCACAAGGUCCUUUUUUUCCCUGGAUCUUUGUAGAAUUUUGACCCAUUUUGAGUCACACAAAAUCGUGUGUCCUCUACUCUGACAAUUAAUCCACAGGUAAAAGUGGAAACCUAGUUAGUUUCUAGUAAUCUCUCUUUCUUCAGUCUUCUUCUGUGGACUUUAUAUGGCGGUUGGUAACCAACUUUAAGGUGCAUUACCACUAUCAACUGGACUAGAGUGUCGAUCUCAGUUCUGCUUUCAAUCACCCGCGUGGAUCUAUACUCCUAAAAACCAAUGAGGAGUUGGGAGAUGCAGGAUUUACAGCGUGUCACGCGCCAAAAAUAAAACCAAGUUCUAGUUUAGCGCCUGGCUACGCAGACGCUUGCGAGCAGUUUGGAUGAUUGAAUAGCAUACCCAUCCUCUUCACUGUGUACUGACAAUGUGUCUACAGUCCUGUUGGAGAAAGUCUGCCCUGGGCAAUGAGAAAGAGUGUGAAGUUUUUCAGGCCCUCUGGCCAGAUUAUCUUAAAGACGUCCUCUGGCGAUUUUCUAACUUUUACUGUUGAAAAGCGAUAUCCCAAGUAUAUAUACGUACAGUAAAGUACACACAAUAAAGGGUAGAAAUAAUAGAGGAACGAAAGAGGAAAGCCCCCCCUACUUAUGCUACGUUAUGACUUACCUGGACCACCUAUUGAGAUGUGCCUUUUAAGCCUUUUAAGUAAAUCAGGUGUUAAAUGAGGUGAAAAGGAGACUGGAGUUCAGCUUUAACGUUCAAUCAACUACACUCAAAUCUGGCCACUGAAAAUGGGGGCUUGUAGAUCGUGUUUGUUUUUUAAAAUGAUAUUUUCUAAUUUUGUUUUGUAUAGACCAUUAGAUGUGGUACAACCGCAGUUUGCGUACACGGUUCCGUGCUCUGGAAGAUACCAUGAGGAGUUAUGUAAUGAAUAUGCUGGGUUGGAUUUCAUUCACCUUUUUGAAUAAAGAUGUUACUCACCGUGA